UGACGAACAUAACAGUGUGACGAACGGGUGCUUGCUUGAAAAUGUAAUAAGGAAGUGGACAUUUUUUCGAAAAAACGAAAAACACAUCUUCACACGGGACAGAUUUCGAACUUUUUAAAUUAAUUACCGAUCGUUUAAUGUUCCGGGCGGUAUAGUCACCUUGGACAUACCCACAAGCCCGUAAUUACUCUUCACCGAACCGUUGUUACUAACGCUAGCUUGCUAGUUAGCUAUGAAUACAGACGUGGAAUUUCACAUCAGACAGAAUUACCCGUGGAACAAGCUACCAGCAAAUGUCAAACAGAGUCUUGGAAACUCUCAGCGCGAAUAUGAGAAGCAUGUGUUACUGUACAGUAUCAGGAAUCAGCUGCGAUUCCGCAAUAACCUAGUGAGACACGUGAAGAAGGACGAGCGCAAGUACUACGAGGAGCUGCUCAAGUACAGCCGGGAGCACCUCAUGCUGUACCCCUACCAUCUGUCCGACAUCAUGGUGAAGGGCCUGCGGGUCACCCCCUUCUCCUACUACAUCAGCAUCAUGGAGGACAUCAUGAACAGCGAGAAGAGUUACGACUCCCUCCCCAACUUCACCGCCGCUGACUGUCUCAGGCUCCUGGGCAUUGGGAGGAACCAGUACAUUGACCUGAUGAACCAGUGCAGGUCAUCCAAAAAAUUCUUCCGCAGGAAAACGGCGCGGGACCUGCUCCCGGCGAAGCCCGUGGAGAUCUCGGUGGAGCCCUGGUGGGUGGCGCAGACGGGCUACAUCACCGAGGACGACAUCAGGAUCUGCUCGACCGCGGAGAGGAAGGCGAUUGAUAAGAUGAUCGAUGCUGGUCCGCAGCUGGCCGGAUCGAUGGAAUACAACGUGGUGCUGAGUCUGUACAACAGAGGUUUCAUAUACCUAGAUGUACCCAUAUCAGAUGACAGCUGCAUUUCAGUUCCACCGCUGGAAGGGUUCGUGAUGAACAGGGUCCAAGGAGAUUAUUUUGAAACACUUCUUUAUAAAAUAUUUGUGUCCAUUGAUGAGCAGACUAAUGUGUCUGAGCUAGCUAAUGUACUUGAGAUCGACUUGGGUUUGGUGAAGAAUGCUGUGUCCAUGUACUGUCGCCUGGGUUUCGCGCUGAAGAAGGGCCAGGUCAUCAGCCCGGACCAGCUCCACCCCACCUGGCGGAGCGCCCCCUGUGUCAACAGGCUCAAGAGUACAAUGGACCCACAGAAGAUGCUGCUGUCAUGGGAGGGGGGCAGCCCGGUGAUGGAGGCGGGAUCCUCAGCCACGGACACUGACACCACCAGCCUGGAGGACCAAGACACGGCCAGCGUGAGCAGCCUGAGCAUCCCCGCCGGGCCAAUCAAGAGGAUCGCCUUCCUGUUCGACUCCACCCUCACCGCCUUCCUCAUGAUGGGGAACCUCUCACCUAACUUGAAGAGUCAUGCAGUCACCAUGUUUGAAGUGGGGAAACUUUCCGAUGAAACUCUGGACAGUUUUUUGAUGGAACUGGAGAAGGUGGAGAGUACAGCAGAAGGAGAAGCUCAGAGGUAUUUUGACCAUGCACUGACCCUCAGGAACACGAUACUGUUUCUGCGCUAUAAUAAGGAGCUCACCUCAGACGCUGAGCAACCAAAUAUAGGCCUGCCCCUGGACCUGCUGCGCUGCGAGAGCCUCCUGGGCCUGGACCCCGCCACCUGCAGCCGCGUCCUCAACAAGAACUACCGGCUGCUGGUCUCCAUGGCGCCGCUCAGCAACGAGAUCCGGCCAAUCAGCAGCUGCACGCCUCAGCACAUCGGCCCGGCCAUCCCGGAGGUCAGCUCCAUCUGGUUCAAGCUCUACCUGUACUACGUGACCGGUCAGGGGCCGCCGUCGCUGCUGCUGUCCAAAGGCUCCCGUCUUCGGAAGCUUCCGGACACCUUCCAGGCUUAUGACCGGCUGCUGAUAACCUCCUGGGGUCACGACCCCGGCGUCGUCUCGGCGUCCAAUGUGCUGACCAUGCUCAACGAUGCCCUGACCCACUCCGCCGUGCUGAUACAGGGCCACGGUCUCCACGGCCACGGGGAGACCGUUCACAUCCCCUUUCCGUUCGAUGAGGAGGACCUCAAAGGAGAGUUCUCCUACAGCAACAUGUGCGUGCACAAGGCCCUGCGGACCCUGCGGGAGCAGGUGGACCUGGAGCACCUGUGCGGCUACGUCACCAUGCUGAACCCCGCCAACCGGCACCGCCGCAGGCUCAGCGAGUGCUCCGACAGCCGAGGGGACAUGGAGCUCGGCGGAGGGUUUGACGCCAAUGGCAGCACGGAGUCCUUCGAGCUCGUCACUGAGGAAAAUAACGGCGAAGGGAACAAAAAGCAAGGGACAGAAGCGCCCUCGGCAGAAGAAGAGUGGGUGCCCCUGGAGCUGUGUUUCGGAAUGCCCCUCUUUAGCUCCGACCUGAACCGCAGAGUGUGUCAGAAGAUCGCCUCCCAUCAGCUCUGCAGCAAAGACAGCCUGCAGAAACUAUUACAUUCCAGCCGAAAACUGUCCUUGAAGGUGCUAAGCUUUGUGCAGUCGUUCCAGGAGGGCAGCCAGCCCGCUGACCCAGACAGCGGCGUCUCCUCUCCCCUGAGCCAGCCCUCGGCGGAGUCGGGCGUGCCCCUGCCCGCCCGCAACCUGCUCUUCAAGGAGGGCCACCUGAGCGAGUGGAGCGGGCGGGCCCCGCCCUCCCUCCACAUCUCCACCCUGCAGAAAGACCAGCCCACCUAAAGCCCCGCCCUCCCUCCACAUCUCCACCCUGCAGAAAGACCAGCCCACCUAAAGCCCCGCCUCC